GCAUACUAUCACCACUAUGUGUUGUACACUUCCUUUCAAGACCCAGAAAUGUCGAAGAGAGGACGUGGAGGAGCGGCGGGAGCCAAAUUCCGGACCUCACUGGCUCUGCCAGUGGGGGCUGUGAUGAACUGUGCUGACAACACAGGGGCCAAGAACCUGUUCGUCAUCGCGGUGUACGCCAUCGGCGGCCGCCUCAACCGUCUGCCGUCGGCCGGCAUCGGCGACAUGUUCGUGGCCUGCGUGAAGAAGGGCAAACCCGAGCUCCGCAAAAAGGUCAUGCAGGCGGUGGUGGUGCGGCAGCGGAAGAGCAUCCGCAGAAAGGAUGGCACCAUCAUCUACUUCGAGGACAAUGCAGGCGUCAUCGUCAACAACAAGGGCGAGAUGAAAGGCUCGGCUGUGACGGGGCCCGUCUCCAAAGAGUGCGCCGACCUGUGGCCCAGGAUCGCCAGCAACGCCAGCUCAGUUCAAUAGCCUGUCCACACACACACGAAACUGCAAAUAAAGAAAAAAAACUUC